AUGAUACAAAUAUUAAUUGGUGUUGUCGUUGCUCUAGUAUUACUAUCAUUAUUCAAAAAGAAUGUCCCUGGCACUCCACCAAUGAUCGGAAAGAUCCCAUUGAUUGGAUGUUUCUACCAGUUCGCCACUGACCCACUGGGAUUGGUGAAGAGAUCGUACGAGGCGGCCGGUGACGCCUUCACACUCUAUCUGAUGGGUUUCAAGAUGACCUUUUUGGUCGGACCUGAGGCACAGUCUGUGUUCUUUCGUGGUACCGACGAGGAGCUGAGCCCAAAGGAAGCCUACCGUUUCGUCACACCCGUGUUUGGUCCAGGCGUCGUCUACGACUCGCCAACCGAGGUCAUGUAUGAGCAGCUUCGUUUCGUCAAGAAUGGUCUCGUCCUCGGACAACUCAAGAAGGCCGUCGGUAUCAUCACCGAAGAGACCGAGAAGUUCCUCGAGGAGAAGUGGGGAGACUCUGGUGAGGUUGACUUGUUGACCGAAAUGAACAAUUUGACAAUCUUAACUGCCUCACGUUGUCUUAUGGGCAAGGAUAUUAACUCUGCAUUGGGAAAGCAAUCAAACUUGGCCGAUUUGUACCAUGAGUUGGAGGAAGGAUUGAACCCAAUCUCGUUCUUCUUCCCAAAUCUUCCAUUGCCAUCGUUUGCCAAGCGUGAUGCUGCCCGUGCAAAGGUGGCAGCCAUCUUUGAUUCGAUCAUCAAGGAGCGCAGAAAGUGCAAUGAGGAGCGUGACGAUGUGCUCCAGGUGCUCAUGACCAGCAAAUACAAGGACGGCUCGCAGCUUGACGACGAGAAGAUCGUCGGUCUGAUGAUUGGUCUGCUGUUUGCCGGCCAGCACACCUCGUCGAUCACCUCGACUUGGACCGGCUACUACAUGUUCAACAACCCAGAGUACCACGACGAGGUGUUGCGCGAGAUCCAGAGCAUCCACGUCGACGAGUUCAACGGUGAGAUCUGCUUCGAUGGCCUUCGCAAGAUGAACCGUCUCGAGACCAUUGUUCGCGAGGUCCUCCGUCUGCACCCUCCCUUGAUCUUCUUGAUGCGCAAGGUAAUGGAGCCCAUCCAGUACAAGGACUACACCAUCCCGGCCGGCCAUCUGGUUGCCGUGUCGCCCGCCGUCGGCAUGCGUCUCGAGUCAGUGUUCAAGAACGCUAACGAGUUUGAUCCAAAGCGUUUCGACGCCGAUCGUGCCGAGGACAAGACACCAUUCUCCUACAUUGCCUUUGGCGGUGGCAAGCACGGCUGUCCCGGCGAGAACUUUGGCAUCCUCCAGAUCAAGACCAUCUGGUCCGUACUCCUCCAGAAGUAUGACCUCGACAUUGGUUCCAUCCCCCAGCCAGACUACUCUAGUUUGGUUGCUGGUCCCAAGGCACCAUGCAAGAUCAGAUACACCAAGAAGUCAAAGAAGUAA